AUGGUAAAUGUAGAGAAUUUACAUGUUGUGAUGGGAGAGCAUACUCUGAUUAAUAAUGUCAAAAAUAUUCAUCAACAUGUAGAACAAAUGGAAAAUAAUGUAUUGAUUCAUGUAAUGGAUUCAUUGAUUAAAAUCUUUGCACUCUAUCUGAUCUGGUCCAUGUUUGUGGGUUAAUGGAUCCUGUCACUUAUUUACCAAAUGCUAAGAGGCAAAAUAAAACACUCAUUUAAAAUGCUAAUAGUUCUCUUCUUAAUAUACUACCAAUAGAUAAUACUGAAUUCCUAUUACUACUUGUUAAGAUACUAUUUUAUAAGAAGAAUAUGUGUAUGGUUACCAACAGGUAAAUGUAGUAAAUUCUAAUAAUGCUCAAAUCUUGUUUCAUCAAUUAAUGAAGAAUGUAUUUUAAUUGGAUGUAUGUCUGGUGGAACAAGAUUUUUUGAUAAAUAAAAUUGUAUUGAUUAUCACAAUGAAAUCGUAUGCAAAAUAGGAAUUGAUGGAGUUUGCGUUUGGAACAAUACUUCUUGUACGUUGAUGUAAUGUUAUGAUUUCUAAUAUUCCAGUCAUGAAAUAUGCUAAAACAUUAUGAUAAAUUAAUUAUAAUGUACUACUAAAGGUAAUAAUUGUAUUCCAAUCUCAAAUUGUUAAUCUUAUAAUUAAUUUGGAUGCUAUAUUGGAAUUGAUGGUGAGUGUUUUUUAUCAGAUCAUAGUUAAAACUAAAAAUUAUGUAGAUUAAAAUAAUGUGAUGAUAUUCCAAAUGGUAUCACAAAUUCUAUUUGUCAAAUUACUAACUAAUAAUGUGUUUCUAAUGGUUAAAAUUGUAUUGCAAAAAGCUGAAUGUAAAACUUAUAAUAAUGUUAUAUCUUGUAAUGGAGGAGAAAUAAGUGGUUAACCAUGUUUUUUAACACCUAGUCUAAAUAAUCAUCAUUUUGAAACUUGCAUCAUUUUUCUGAUUGUACUUAAGCUAAUUAAGAUAAAUAUGCUUGUAAUUCUAAUAAAUCUUGUUUUUGGAAUUCAGAAUCUGAAUGUCUUAAUCAUACAUGUGAAACUUUAGCCAAAGGUUAAAUUUGUCGACCAGUUCCUAAUUUUAAUCAUAAUUCAUACAUUAGAUGUAUCCUUAAAGAUUAAAAAUGUAUUAUUGAUGAUCCUCUAAAUAUUUUGAAUCAUACAGAUUGCUAGUAUUAAUCAGCAUUUACUUACACUUGGAACUCAUAAACACUCAAAUGUUAAAGUUGCUUAUAACAAAACAACCCUGAAGAGGACAUUAAUAAUCAAAAUGAAUCUAAAAUUGAUAAUCAAAAUGAAACUAAAACUAAUAAUCAGGGCUCAUUUUUAAUUAUCCCAAUAAUAAUUUUUAAUUUAGCAUUUUGA